AUGUUACAGAGCUUCCAAGAAGUAAUGGCGAUUGCGAAGAUAAAGCACAUAUUUAAGAAGUACCCUAUUUUGGCGAAUUCAGUAGUAUAUGGAACCCUAUACACAGGAGCUGAGUUUUCUCAGCAAACAUAUACGAAGAAAAUUGCGGCUAAUCCCUCAGAGGAUUAUGACGUCAAAGGUCUGGCUCGAUUUUCACUGUUCGGAACCACCAUAGGUGCCAACGUUCUCUACCACUGGUACAUUGUUUAA